CCACAAAAUUAUUAAAGCUCAGUAUCCUUAUUUGGACCUCAGCUUCUGCAUUAACCUUUCCAUCAGAAAUCAGUUUCUACGAAUUUCUUUAAUCUUGUAUUCUGAGCUGCCCAAAUUCUUUCCCCUUUUCAGUUUCACCCUCUAGUAACAACUCAGCACAUAAACCUUCGUGGACAUGGCAACAGCCUUGUCCACGACCAGUGUGCUAUGCUGGAGGAAUCCGCAGAACCUGCACGUCAUGCCCUCUUCACAUACACCUUGUUAUUCCUCACAGCAAAUUGGGAUUUUAAGAACUGUGGCUGCUUUAGCCUCAGAAGGCAGAGAAAGUGAGAAGUUCUCCUCUUUGUUGGUGACCAGAAGAACAGUUUUGGCUUCUGGGGUUUCCUUGCUGGGUUUCCCGGGUGAGAGUUUGGCCGUGGUGAAACAAGGCCUUCUUGCUGGGAGAAUUCCUGGUCUGUCCGAACCAGAUGAACAAGGUUGGAGGACAUAUCGCAGGCCAGAUGAGAAGUCUGGUGGACAUGGUGUUGGAUGGAGUCCUAUUAUCCCAUACUCCUUCAGAGUGCCUCAAGAAUGGGAAGAGGUACCAGUAUCAAUAGCAGAUCUUGGUGGCACAGAGAUAGAUUUGAGAUUUGCCAGCUCUAAGGAAGGACGCUUGUUUGUCAUUGUUGCUCCCGUUCUUCGAUUUUCAGAUGAUCUUGGUGAUAAUGCUACAAUAGAAAAAAUUGGACCUCCAGAGAAAGUGAUCAAUGCAUUUGGUCCAGAAGUAAUCGGCGAAAAUGUAGAAGGGAAGGUUCUGAGCUCUAAUGUAGCAGAACAUGAAGGAAGAAAGUAUUACCAGUUUGAGCUAGAGCCUCCUCACAUUUUCAUUACUGCCACUGCAGCUGGCAAUCGCUUAUAUUUGUUUGGCGUAACAGGCAGUGGUCUUCAAUGGAAGAGACACUACGAUGAUUUAAAGAAGAUAGCUGAGUCUUUUCGGGUUGUAUAAUUUGAAUCUUCAGUGAACCAAGAGAUCGUUGAAAUGAAACUUUCUGUAUUUGUAGUUUAGUACAAAGAAGUGGUUGUUUCUCAAUACUGUGUCUGAUUGGGAUUUAUGUGGAUCGAAAGAUCAUAUAUGUUGAAUCUUUGAACCAUCAAUGUACCAAACCAGUUUUGUUACAUUUGGUAAAUGCUAUGAUUGAGAAGCUUGGAUUUAUAGUGAAGAUUAA